AUGGGCAACGACGGCGGCUCCAUCCCGACCCGCCGCGAGCUCGUCAAGGAAGGGAAACGCGCGCCCACCGUCUCGGAGCUCAAGGCCACGGCCCUCGAGUCCCAGACACAUGCCUGGUCCACGUGCCCCCUCUCCGCCGAACCCCUCGACCUCGACAACGCCGUGUCAGAUUGGCGCGGCCGCCUCUACGCCUACGAGUCCGUGCUCAAGGGCCUCAUGCCCGGCAGCGGCGACGAUGACACCGCAGAGAAGAGCCACGCCGGGGCUGCACAGAUAUCGUUCGCAUCGACCGGUAUUAGAUCCUUGCGCGACGUGGUCAAGCUCAAGUUCAAGCGCGCCGCGGGCAAGAGCGGAGGCAAUGGGAAUGGGCACCGGGACGACGUAUGGGUGUGCCCCGUUUCGAUGAAGGAGCUGGGCCCCAACACCAAGUCUGUAUACAUCGUGCCCUGCGGGCAUGUCUUUGCCGAGAUUGCGAUCAAGGAGAUCUCGGAUAAUGAGCACAUUUGCCCCGAGUGCAGUGAGGCGUUCGAGGCCGACAAUGUCAUUCCCAUCUUACCUACCGACAAGGUGGAGAAAGAGAGGUUGGAGAGGAGGAUAGAAGGGCUCAAGGCCAAGGGCCAGACGCAUAGCCUCAAGAAGGACAAGAACGGCGACAAGAAAAAGAAGAAGCGCAGUGCAGACGAUGCGGCCAAGGGCGAAAAUGGCGCUGCGCUGCCCAAGGAGACCAAGAAGAACAACGGCGAUGUACGGCUGAGCGGGAUCAACAACCCCAUGACGGCAUCCUUGACAGCCAAAGUCCUUGCUGAGCAGGACGAGAGGAAUAAAAGGAGGAAAUUGGCAGCGGCAAGCUAG